CACUUACGCAGGGGAAGCGAAAAGACUCCAAGCCCCAGCGACGCUUGCGGCUCUUGUUCUCGUCAAGCAGGGGGAGUAGUCACAGCUGGAAGGAUAAUAAGAUGCGCAUGAAUUUACAAACUGGAAUAAAAGAUAAGAGAAUAUAAAUGGACGGCACGGUUAGACUGAGCGAGACCGAGUGCAAAACUAAAGUUUGUCGUGUUUAGUUGACGACGCCGAGGUUUCGCGUGUUACUUCCAGGACAGUGCAGAAACUUCAGUCUCCGCUUCCCUCCGUUGAUGGAGUUAAAAAGUUUCUUCAGUCCGCGCACAAUGGAAAGAAAAGCGCCCUUCGCUGGGAGUGAAGGCUUCCUGUGGUCAGAGUGGAUUACUGACUUCAGUAAGGAGAAGGAACACAACUCCAGGAUAUGAAGUGUGUUGCAGUGAUUUUACUGCAUAAGUCUGCAGAUUGUCCAGAGACUUGUCCUCCAUCGCCUGUCCACCUAGUGAAUGAGUUGUGUCAGCUCAGGUGGGUGGCUAGGUUAUCAUCCUCUUAAUUCCAGAGAAGACAAUGCCAGACUGUAAAAACACACAGGGCUGACUCGCUACUACUGAUGAGGACCGGAGGUUCCCCCUGCCACGAGUCUGUCCGCAGAGAUCCAGCUGCUCCCUUUUCUCACUGAGUCCUCCACUAUUCGGCGCUUCACGUUGCAACUGGAAGAAACCCAAUGUCUGCCUCCUCCCCCCCGUCCUUACCUCGAGCCUUCCUCCACUCUCUCCAUCCUCACCACCCGUCCUCGCCGACCGCCCUGUCUCCGAGCACGACCGGGCCGCUCUACACGCGGCUGUCCAACGGCAGUCACAGCGCCCCCAGCCCCACCAACUCGCGCAGCUCUUUCCAUGGGGUCUCCUUCCUGCUGCAGAUUGGACUGACAAGAGAGACGGUGAACCUGGAGGCCAGCGACCUGUCGCUGUCGUCCGUCAAGGACCUGGUCUGCUCCAUAGUGGAUCAGAAGUUCCCAGAGUGCGGCUUCUUUGGCAUGUACGACAAGAUCCUGCUGUUCCGCCACAACUUAAAUGACGAGAACAUCCUGCAGAAGCUGACCUCCGUAGAAGACAUCCAUGAAGGAGACCUCAUUGAAGUGGUGCUCUCGGCUCAAGCCACAGUUGAAGAUUUCCAGAUCCGACCCCAUGCCCUCUAUGUCCACUCCUACAAGGCCCCGACCUUCUGCGACUACUGUGGGGAGAUGCUAUGGGGUCUCGUCCGACAGGGGCUCAAAUGUGAAGGAUGUGGGCUGAACUACCACAAGCGCUGUGCCUUCAAGAUCCCAAAUAACUGUACUGGUGUCAGGAAGAGGCGACUGUCCAAUGUUUCGCUGCCAGGACCAUCGCUUUCGGUCCCUCGACCACUACCUGCUGAAAAUGCAGUGGUCGUCCCAGAUGAGCAGCAGAGGUCCCACCAGGAGGCAGGGAAGCGCAUCCUGUCCUGGAGCGGCAGGCCUAUCUGGAUGGAUAGGAUGGAGAAGACACGGGUUAAGGUGCCGCACACCUUCGCCAUUCACACCUACACUCGUCCUACUAUCUGCCAGUACUGCAAGCGUCUGCUCAAGGGCCUCUUUCGCCAGGGCAUGCAGUGUAAAGAUUGCAGAUUUAACUGCCAUAAACGGUGUGCUUCAAAGGUACCAAGAGACUGUUUAGGAGAAGUGGACUUCAACGGAGAGCCAGCCAGCCCCGGGCCAGACUCAGACACCACCAUGGAUACUAUGGAGGUAGACAGCAGUGACAUGGAUGGUGGCAGAGGACUGGACGAUCCAGAAGAAUCAUCCACCCCAGAAGAGAGGAUGUUCGACAUGGAUUCUCCUUUGUUGGACAGAGAGAAGGAUGAAGAGCCCAUCAAGACUAUAAGCCCCUCCACUAGCAGCAACAUCCCUCUGAUGCGGGUGGUCCAGUCCAUCAAACACACCAAGAGGCGGAGCUCCACUGUGGUGAAGGAGGGCUGGAUGGUUCAUUAUACAAGCAGGGACAACCUGAGGAAGAGACAUUACUGGAGGCUGGACAGCAAGAGUCUGAGUCUCUUCCAGAACGACACUGGAGCCAAGUUCUACAAAGAAAUCCCCCUGUCUGAGAUCCUCCAGGUAGAACAGUCCAGAGACUACAGCAGCCUGGCCCAGGGCAGCAACCCUCACUGCUUUGAGAUCAUCACAGCCACCAUGGUGUACUAUGUCGGGGAGAACAACGGCAGCCACUACCACAGCCCCGCGCUGGCCGCCUCUGGAGUCGGCAUGGAGGUGGCCCAAGGCUGGGAGAAGGCCAUCAGACAGGCCCUGAUGCCAGUCACCCCUCAGCCUAGUGUGGCAAGUGCGGCUGGUCAGGGCAAAGAUCACAAAGAGCUGUCCAUCAGCAUAUCUGUGUCUAACUGCCAGAUCCAGGAGAAUGUGGAUAUUGCCUCAGUGUACCAAAUAUUCUGUGACGAAGUGCUGGGGUCAGGCCAGUUUGGCAUUGUGUAUGGAGGCAAACACAGGAAGAGCGGCAGGGACGUGGCCAUUAAGGUUAUCGACAAGAUGAGAUUCCCCACCAAGCAGGAGAGCCAGCUAAGAAAUGAGGUGGCCAUAUUACAGAAUCUGCAUCACCCUGGCAUCGUUAACUUGGAGUGUAUGUUUGAGACGCCGGAGCGGGUGUUUGUCGUCAUGGAGAAGCUGCAUGGCGACAUGCUGGAGAUGAUCCUAUCAAGCGAGAAAAGCAAACUGCCUGAACGCAUCACAAAGUUCCUAGUAACACAGAUCCUGGUGGCCUUGAGACAUCUGCACUUCAAAAACAUUGUUCACUGUGACUUGAAGCCUGAGAAUGUACUGCUGGCCUCAGCUGAGCCUUUUCCUCAGGUAAAGCUGUGCGACUUCGGCUUCGCUCGUAUCAUUGGCGAGAAGUCCUUCCGGCGGUCUGUGGUGGGCACUCCGGCUUACCUGGCUCCGGAGGUGCUGCGCAGCAAAGGCUACAACCGCUCCUUAGACAUGUGGUCGGUGGGAGUCAUCGUGUACGUCAGCUUGAGCGGGACCUUCCCUUUCAACGAGGACGAGGACAUUAACGACCAGAUCCAGAAUGCUGCCUUCAUGUACCCCCCGACACCCUGGAAGGACAUCUCUGCAGAGGCCACCGAUCUCAUCAACAAUCUCCUCCAAGUCAAGAUGAGGAAGAGGUACAGCGUGGACAAGUGUCUCAGCCACCCGUGGUUACAGGACUAUCAGACGUGGCUCGACCUGCGGGAGUUUGAGACGCGGCGGGGAGAGCGCUACAUCACCCACGAGAGCGACGACGCGCGCUGGGAGGAGUACGCGGACGAGCACAGCCUCGUUUACCCCAAACAUUUCAUCAUGGCUCCCAACCUGGAUGACAUGGAAGAGGACCCCUAGUGGCACGGGGGACUUAUUACAUGACAUGUAUUGAGGACAGGGACUGUCACGGGGACUUUUUGCAUGAAGCUUUGGGAGCAGCAGGUAUUUCCCUUCAGAACUGUUUGUUGUGGAAACAAAGAAGCCAAUCGGGUGGAGUAUUACUCUCCACUGGCUAUAAAAGUGGGAAAAACCCCAACAGAAUUUGUAGCGUGAUGCACUGCUACAAGCAGGUGGAGAUGCGUGCCACAGAAAUGCAUUAAGGAACUGUUUGGAGAAAGGAGGGUUCUCUCUCUCUUUCUCUACAGUAUGAAAACAUUCCAUGGAUUUGCUCAAUUUUUGGUUCACGUUUGCAGCCAAAAUCCACAAGUUGAACCUGAUAACGAUUAAUGUUAAAUGCACACACGGUUUUGGACAACUUUGAGUAAUAAUGGCUAUGUUCUUGAUGUAAGAGAGGAGGUCAGCCACAGAGAAAAGCUUACACCAGGAGUAAAGGGCACUUUUCACAAGGGAUUUACAGCCUGAGAAUUGAACACGAGUUUGUUCUCAUCUCUGAACUAUUUGUGAGACUGUCCUUUGACAUGAAACUGGAACUAUCACAUGUAUUUGUAUGUUGUUGUUUUUUUUUUUUUUAAAGUAACUGUGGUAGGUGUUUGCACUAUGUUACUACCGAACAUAGCAAUUGAAUAGAAACACUAUUCGCUGCUACAGAAAGCAAACUCGCUUUUGCAGAUUCAGCGUAAGGUGCAAAGCGGUCAAGUGUGACAAUCACACAGUAUGAGCUUCCCUGUCACGGAUGUCGUCAGAGUGUAGUGGCAGCUUGUAGUGUGGGAGUUGGAUCGACUUUCCCUGGAGAAGGAACCAAGAGGCCCUGACCAAAUAAAACGUCUUCAUUUCAGUGUUUCCAGACUCUUUUUCCUUUGUUGUAGUUGUGAAUUUCUUGCGAGGACCAUAACCCUGAGCUGCGGGGAAAUGGAGCCUGCUCGACGUGAGCUAAAACAAGCUAUGGACUCUCAUAACAUCACGUGUUCCCUUUUUUUGAAUGUGAGAUUUUACACAGAACAAAAUGAUUUUCUUCAGCAUCUCUUCUGCCUAGAGUGGAGGAAGUACAAACCGGGUAUAUUGGCAAUUUGAUUCACAUGGGAGUUUAUAUUACUACAGUCUUGUCGUUUUGCCCCGUUGGUGUGUUUUGGGAGUAUGUUCCUGUUUCCUGUUGUCCAUUUCCUGUCUCUGUUGCCGCUGGAUUGGCAGGUGUCAGUGUUUUGUAUAUUUCCGUACAUACCAAUGGAAUAAAAGCCGUAAACAGA